ACUUCUCGCACACCAUGGCUGCCCCUCACAACAACCGGCACCUUCCGGGUCCGCCCCGGAGCUGACGAGCUGCUGCUGCCGCCGCCGUUUUCCGUCGCCGGGCGGCCACGGAGCCGCGCCGGGGGUGAGGCCGCGGGAGCACGAUGAGGGAUGCCGAAAUAAGGAGGCUGUGGGCUGCCAACCUGCUCUGCGCUGCCUCCGUCGUCCUGACUGCCAUCGUGCCAGCUUUCUUCCUGGACGGGUUCACGGUUUUGGGGACGCACCUCACGUGGCUGUGCGUUUGUUCUGGUUGCGUCGGUACCCUUAAUGUAAUGUUGUGUUUAGUUCUAAAACCAAGCCUGUCUCCUAAGAGAAGUUCUUUGGGUAACAAGAUAUCCAGAUUUCUAAAAUGCUGUAUAUACUUUUUCAUGUCUUGCAUACUAUUUCAUGCGAUUAUUGUUCUUUAUGGAGCACCUCUCAUAGAGUCAGUGACUGAGACAUUUUUGUUUGCAGUUCUUCUGUCCACCUUUACUACUUUACAAUGUUUAUGUAUGCUGGGACCAAACAUACAAGCUUGGAUACGGGUAUUUAGUAAAAACGGAGCUACCUCCAUCUGGGAAAACAGUCUACAGAUUACUACAACAUGCAGUAUACUAGGAGCUUGGUUUGGAGCAUUUCCUAUUCCUCUUGAUUGGGAUCGACCUUGGCAGCCUGAGGUAAUUUAGUUGCAGAACAAGAUGGUAUAACUGAAGAUGAAAACCUCAUCUGCACUCUAUAUGCUGUACAACUAGUAUUCCAGACAUCUCAUUCAUCACUGCCAAUAACCAAAUUUUGCAAAUAGUGAAGUUCCUGUUUUUAUUGCAUAUUUUGACUCCAGACUUUUAAAACGUCUUUAAGUUCACUGUGUACGUGCCCACCUGUUUUUUUCAUAGCAUUAACUUUGAUCUGUAGUAACUGUUGAUAAUGAUAAAAAGUGGCUUUGAAAACAUAUUCUGUCUACAGUGUUUUUAUAUCACUAGGUGACAGUGAAGUGUAUAUUCCUACUUUAUACUAGAUGACUAAAACUUAAUAGGUAGAACUCAAGAUAGAACUGAUAGAACUCAGAUAUCUGAGUUGACUGACUGCCAUGUAGCUAGCCAGUGACUCUAAAUAUUGGCCACAAACCUCUUGGACAGUUCCAACCUGAAAAAGAAUCCAUGAAGAAUCUUGGGUACAGAUCUUUGUGGUUACUUGAGUAAGCUGAAACAGAACUAUACAUUUUCAGACUACGUUGUUAUUCUUAACACAACUCAGAGUUUCACUCCUGUUUUUGCUUUAGCAUCUAUUACUGUGAAAGUUCUGUUGUAACAGAAGUUACUUUAUGUGACUAGAAAGGACACUAUCCAGUGGGUGUUUGUUUUGUUUUUAAUUUGUUUAGUUUUGAUUUAUUUUGUCUCGUUUUAAACAGAGGUAGAAGCGUGGUUCCACUUUAGUGGGGUUUUCAUUGUUUAUUUAAAGGUAUGUUUCUUAAUGUAAACCUUAAUGGUGAGGACAAAGGCAGUUAUGCUUGCUAGAAUUUUAGAACACAAAUACACAAAAACAACUUCUAGUUACAAAUACCAGCCUGAAAAAAACUUCACACUUUUCUUCUCCUCGGCACGUGCUUGUCAACAUACACAGUCUGUACAAUGUGAUAAGACACUUUUUGUUAACGUUCACGCAACCAAAAUAGAUUAAAGGUACGUACUGAAUUUUUUAAAGCAGUACAGGUUAAGCAAUCUGCAAUUUAAGGCAUGUUAGAAACAGAGGGAAAGUCUUUGUGCUCAUUUAUUCAGUUUUUAAAUGAAACAAAAAUCUUACAUAGCUUUCCAAUUGACAGUCAAAAAUGGAUCUUUUGAAAUAGCAACAAUACAAAAAAAAUUCCUAGUUUAGGAAUAUGAGAAAAGCACUCAGCUAGAGAAUGGGACUGGUUUACUUGAAAACAAACAAACAAAAAACCCAAACCAAACAGUAGAUUGCCCCCACUGCCUUUAUGUAAUUAAACUUCCAGCAGUCAGCUGCUUACUUUACAAUAUCCUUUAAAACUUUAUUAGAGUAUUACUGCUCUGGUCUGUAAGAAUCUGGCCUUUAUGUCAUUAUCAGUGUUUAUGUAAUUACCGCUGCAUGGGAUGCAAGUUGCAGACUCAUAGUAGAGGACAAAACUGUCAUGCAGCCGGAACAGCCGGAAGUCUGAUUUAAUUAGUUAUGUGCAUAGUACUUGCUGUGAUCCUGCAACAUGCUCUGCUUUCCAUGCAAUGCGCUAAGCAUUCACACAUCAGCUCAUAGGUGUUCUAAAGAGCACUUGGGAAACUAGCUCGUUUAUGUUCUGAAAGGCUGGCAAUUUCUGUUCUGAGUCCUUGUUCUUAAGAUAAAUUCUUAUAUAUAAUAGAAACCUUGCAAUUCUGCAGUGCCUGUUUAGCUAGCCUAAAGAAAUUCUUUUUAAGUCCUAUCACCGAUGCCAGAUGAAAAGAACAAGGGAAAAAGACAAUUGAAACAGCAGAAGUCAGGAUUGUUUUCUAUUAAUCAUUGGCUUCUGCUCUGUCCCUUAAAAUUCAAUUUGUGUGCUUCUUGAGCAUGUAGGUGGGGAUUUGUUUUUGCCAAGCCCCUGUUCAGCUUCCUAGUAAUCAUAUACAGGUUGUUAGAACUGGCCUGUUUCCUCAUGCAUUUGAUAUGUAAACUGACAGUUUUUGUAUUAGGCUGUGAGGAUGGUAAGCUGAUGCUUCCCAGCUGCUGGGAUACACAAGGUAUUUCACGACAGUUUCCUGAAGAAUGUUCUGUCCUGCCUCCUACGCUCCCCAUAUUUUUCCAUCCAGCCCAACUCCUUCCCCCUCAAAAACGUUUAAUUAGGCAGUGGUGCCUAACAUCUUAUUCCCCUGCUGCUGCCCCAGCCCAAGCAUGACAUCAGUGAUGGAGUAGGGUAUGUCAGCUUCCCCAUGGUAAAAAGGGGCAUGAAGUAGGAGACACUGAGCUGAGUAGUGCUCAGAAGGAGAAAGGGCUGUGUUACAAGUUGGGUACAUUAAACAAGUGGAAUGGAAGCUCUUGAAAAAGGCAGGUGGGUAUCAGCUGCUUAGAUAUUUAUCACUUAGUUAAUACUAAGUCAGGGACGCCAAACCAAGUUUAAGAGAAACUACUGAAGACAGGGCAAAAGCAGACUGAUCGUGCAAGUCAAAUUCAUUUUAGAAGGUCCAGUGGAAAGUGAUUGGAUUUCAGAAGAAUGAGGCCAGCAGCUAAUGCAAAGGAAAGCAAUCCGCUUUCUUAGACAAAUUGCACUGCAUUUGCCACAGAGCAAAAAGCAUCCAGAAGGACUGUUAUUUCAGUGCAGCUGAUGGGCUUAAGAGCCGCAUCUUAAUCUGUCUUUGAUAAUUUGCUUCUUUAGAUAUACCCUUGAGUGCAUCUGGCUAUAAAUAGUCCAAAGGCCAGCAGUCAAGAACAAAAGGUGCAGAGCUAGUAUCAUCACCUGUUCAUUUGGUUUUUGCCCUGCUUUAAGGGUUAGCAAAAAUAGCAUAAGCACACCAAUUCUCUUAAAUCCAGGCUUUUAACUCCUGUGCUUAGGGAGUUUUAAGAAGGCCAACCAGUCUGCCUUCAGAACUAUUUUGGGCCAUUUGACCAGUGUAAGGUACAUGACACAAUAAUAAUAUUAAUAAUGUACCUGACCUAGUACCCUUCUGUGGCACUAGAAGGGUGGUGUUUCUUUUCUUUUUCAUUCACGGUCAGUGAGAAGGAGGUGUUGUAUGGUUUCUCACCUUUAACCCUUCCUUACCUUUGCUGGCUGCCAUUGGUGAGGGUUGGAUUUCAGAGGUUAUGCGUUAAGUGAGACAGCCUGAAACUUCUGUGAGGUAACACUGAUUUUUAAAAAGCAAAGCAAAAACCGAGUGGUUUGGAGGGCAGAUGGAGGUAUCAACAACAUUGACGGUUACAUAAUUCAGAAAAACUAUUGAGAAACUGUGCUCCAAGUUGCGAUUCAGUCAGGAAAAGAAGCUACAACAAUCAACAGAGAUCCUUUUAAUCGUAGCAACAAUUGCCCACUAUACACAAAAUACCAAAAGAUACAGGGUGAAUGGGUCAUCAGGGAUAUCGAUUUACCAGUUACGGGAACAUGACAAAUUCAGAGUCCGACAUCUACUUACACUUCUGAAAAGCAAAUAGGCAACUACAGAUUCACCUAAUGUAGGUAAAAUUUAAUGAAGGAUCGUUGAUCGCUCACAGAUAGAGAAUUUGAUGCAAAAAAGACCACUGACUUGUGAAGCCUCUGUCCAUAGUUUAGUAGAUAUUAGAGUGGUAUUUGACUUCACCAGCGGAUAAGAAAGUUUGAUUGCCGUUUCCACCAAAUGUUACUGAGUGAGCAGCUGGGGUCACAGGGAGGUUUUUUUGCUUUGUCCUUUACACACACGUAAUAGCCUGCAAAAUGCUAGAAAUAACUUGAUUAAAUUUUAUUUAAAAGUUGAAAAGAUCUACCUGAAGCAUAAGUUUAGCCAAGGCCACAAAGUCAUGUGAGUUUUACAUACAUGUAAUAUCUUACCAUGCCAAAGCAUCUCAAGGUUUUUUAUAGAAGAUCUACAAUGCCACUGUUAAAUGAAUGGAAACAAGCAAGUCUUUGGUUUGAGAGGCACCAGCCAAAACAUUCUGGCAACAAAACCAAGUAGCAGAGAGACAAUGUCCGGAAAUGGAAGAAUGAAACAAGGUCGAUAAAGAGUACCUAAGGCACCUUGUUUAUAGUCAUCUUUGCUACACUCCUUAAGACCUUCAAAUAAUAUAUAAAACUGCGAAUGCUAAGGAAUGUGAAGAUGAAACAGCAGAAGACAAAAUAAGUUACUCUUAUUCCUAGUAAAAAUUCCGAUGAUCAAAGGACAUGAAUAAAUAUAUUUCUCCGAGUGAUAACGAAGUAAGGAGAAGAAUUAGAGCUAGGAAAAUGAGUGAAAGGAGGAACCAGUACCAUUAAGAGUAAAUUCAUUUGAUAGUCAUGAAUUGCCAGUCAAAAUGAAGUAGGAAAAAAGCCUGGGCACUGAGAUGUGGAUAUAUUCUUUAAUGUCUAGUGCAUUUCUCAGUCUCAAGUACUAUAGAAGGUGGGAAAAUCCCCCUUAAUUUAAAAAAUAAAGAAUAGGAGAGUGCAGUCUGUACUCGCUUAAGAACUGUACAGCAGGAAGUGCAAAAUUGACCCUGCAAUGUGCAAAGGAGAAUUUUGAAGAGGGAUGGGAAUUCAGUUUAUUCUACAAUAAAUAUUUUUAAUUGCCAGCUUAGUUGGAACCUUCAUCAAACGCAGCACGUAGUUGACUGGUAAAAUAUGCUACAUCUGAGGAUAGAAUGGUUGCAGUUUUGUUUUGGCCCUUCCUCCGUGCAAAUCAAUACCAAUUUAAAAGGGGGCGAGGGGUCCAUUACUUCUCUUCCAUACUAGAUGCUUUGUUAAAGUGAGUCAGCUGUAUUGAGUCAGUUCUCAGCUCUUAUGUCAGGAAAUAAAGCUUAUAAUUAAAACACUCCUGGAGUCUUCAACAUUUUUAUGUUUUAUAUUCUAUGUUAUAUUAUAAAAUAUGAUAUUUUUCCUGAACUGGGUGCAAUGUUCAGUUUCCAAAUUUAUGUUUCCUUCCUUUUGCUAGCCAGAAAGGGAACUCAUCCCUUUGCCUACUUUUCAAGAUCAAAAGAAAAACCCUCUAUUCAUCUCAAUCUCUGGCCUUAUUUGAGUAGUUCAUUUAGACACACCUCUGAAAGUUUCAGAAUGUCAUGAGAAAUUGGAAGGAAAGACUGAAAGAGGCAGACUUAAAAUAGAAGAGUUUCAGUUGGAAGGGACCUACAAAGAUAACUGAGUCCAACUGUCCCAAAGAAAUCUUCAGGUUUCCCAAUGUGUGCAGCAGAACAGGAAGUCAGGUUAGCUGAACACUUCAUGGGAUAUAAAUACUUCCAGGUUUUUCACAUAGUUUUGGGAAUAUCAAACUAACGUCUGCAAUAGCCAGAAGCCUGGUUACAUUUUAAUGUGUAUUAAUUAAAAAAGUGUACAACAGCAUUUAGUGUUCAUGAAGAUGCAUGUAUGACUGUUACACUUUUGGCAUUUUUAGGAAAGCACAUCAAGCUUUAAAGCAGAAUGAGACUGCAUUGUCUUUCAGUACCUAGGUUACACUGAGAAUUUGUGCUCACAAAGUACAAAAAACCACAAACAUUUUUCUCAAUGUCUGUUUUUACCUUGCAUUCUCCCCUCAGGUAUGGCCCAUUUCCUGUUCCCUCGGAGCUACCUUUGGCUAUAUGGCUGGUCUGAUUAUUGCACCUCUGUGGAUACACUGGAACCGGAAGCAGCUUACAUACAAAAGCAGAUAACUGGAGCAAAGAGAGACAAGGUAUUUCAUUGUGCAGAUUCCAUACAGACUGUGCAAAUGUUUUUGUUGGGUUUUGUUUUGUUUUUUAGAUAUAUAUGUAUAUGUGUAGUCAAAGCAGAAGACUAUCCAAAUUCAGUUAGAGUAUUUCAGGCCAAGCAUCUCCACUCAAUAGCAUCACACAGAUGCUGUUUCAACAUGGUGCAGUUUUUGCUUCCUCUAGACUAUGUAACCCUGAGAGAUUGUACCUUCCAGUCUUAAUAAAAUAUUUGUAACAGA